UUUUUUUUUUUAAUGUAAAUGAUUGCAAUGAGUAUUGAACAGUCAAAUACUUCACCUAAAUUAUCUACCAUACUUAAUAAAGACGAAUAUUUACCAACACCAGUUACACCUGUUUCAGAAUUUCCUCAAUAUAAAAAAGAUACCAAAGGAUAUGGCUCUUUCUCAGUUAUUAAACCUCCAUUAUUACGAAAUAGUACUUCUUCACCAACAGAAGCAAAACCAUAUCCUUGUCCUGAAUGUCAUCAAACAUUUAGUCGUCCACAUAAUUUGAAAUCUCAUCUUACAACUCAUUCUUCAGAAAGACCAUUCCAGUGCGAUGUAUGUAAUCAUCAUUUCAGAAGACAUCAUGACUUGAAACGACAUCAAAAACUACACACAGGAGAAAGACCUUAUGUCUGUGAGGAUUGUUACCGUUCAUUUGCUAGAUUGGAUGCAUUAAAUCGCCAUCGACGUGCGGAGGGUGGCACAGCCUGCUCAGCCGUGCAUCAGCAAGUCAAACAACAGCAAGAAUCGAUAAAUAAUAAAAAGAGUAAUGUAAAUAAAAGUAAUAAUACAACUAUCAAAGGAACUACUGCUUCAUCUCGUCCAGUUAUUCCUCAAUUACAUAUUCCAAAUCCUGCUUCACAUCCUAUUACUACACCAUCAUCUAUAUCAUCAUCAGUGCAUUCUCCAGCGCACUCAUCACCAUCACAGUUAUUACCUUCUCCAAAUACUUUACCCAAUUUACCCAUUACAAGUCUUUCACCUAUUUAUAGAAAUACAUCUAAUUCCCCGCCUUUAUAUCAUCCUUAUCCUCAACCUUGGUCUCGAAAAUUAACUUUACCACCUAUCUCAAGCUCUUCUCAACAUGGAAAGUACUUUGAACAAUUACAUAGAGAAAAUGAAGAAUUAAAACGUGAUAUAGAUCAGUUGAGAGCAAUGGCACAAAGAGAGGCGUCUUUACUAAAAUCCCGAAUUCAUGAUCUAGAAGUUGAGAAUAAGGUAUUACGAUCAUUAAUUCAAAAUGGAGAAAAUCGCGAAAGUAAUACAAUAGAAAACAGUAAUAAUCCAAUUGCUCCAUCCUAACAUUAAAGCAAAUCUUUAUAACCAA